AUGUAUAUAAAGAACGAAACAGAGGCAGAUGAGACGAACGAGAGACAGAGCGACACGACCGACGAGUCGAGGGAAAUCGGGAGAGAUUCGUUUAUCCCAGCUUACCCCUUCCACCAUUCGUUGGCCACGGCUCACGACAGCGUUGUCAUUGACAGGGGGUUGGUUACCAGGGGUGCGGUGUGGUGUCUUGGUGUCUUGGCUCGAUAUGAGGCGAUGGGGGAUAAAGGUCAUUCAGUUCAUAUGGAAACCGGUGCACCAGGGCCGGGAGCUUCGUCUCCAAAUCUCCGGCAUUUGUUUGUUUUUGGGGGCGCACAGACGGAUCGAAUUGACUGA